AAACAAAUGCCAACCACAACUUGUCAUUCACACUUCUUCUCCUCUUGUAUUCAAUAAUCUCUAGCCUUUCAUCUCUUCAUUUGUCUCCUCACCAUUCAGCUGAGUCAACACCCACACACCUUUUUUUGAAAAGAUUGAUUAAUGGGAGAUUAUAGAUCAAGUUCAUUUGGUGAUGGAAGGAUGCAGAUGGAAAGAUACUAUGGACCCAAUAGUAUUGUUCCAUCAAACAACCCUCAUGAUCAGUAUAGGUCUUAUAGUGUUUCGUAUGGCUCUUCAUAUGAACCACAUGUAACCCAAAUGGACGAUUAUGCUUAUAAUAACAGGGAUUAUAAGUUCAAGAAAGGGAAAAGUGUAAGUGGAUCAUCUUCGAAAGCUUGGAGUUUCAAUGAUCCUGAGUUCCAGAGGAAAAAGAGGGUUGCUAGCUAUAAAGUUUACACCGUUGAAGGAAAAGUUAAAGGGUCUUUUAGGAAGAGCUUCAGGUGGCUUAAAGAUAGGUACUCUAGGGUUAUUUAUGGCUGGUUGUGAUUAUGUAAGUUUGCUAUCGUCUGUCAUGUUUGCUGUUUUCUCUUUACUAGAGGUCAACAAUUUGAGUAAUGAGUUUGUUUCUCUUGAUUUCAAACAGGCUUGAUUAUGUAAUUUGGUAUCUGAUUGUACUUGAUUAUAUAAUCACUGAUCUUCUUUA